AUGGCCCACGACGAAGAAUCACCGCCAGCAGCCUCACCCUCGGCACCGGAACCGACGCAAUCCAUCGAUGCACCUCCUUUGGCAAGCACGAGCCAGAGCCACGACUCGGCCCCACCUUUGACUCAAACAGCGCCUGUCGCGACUACCCCUGUACGUGCUACUCUCUGGGCAUCCAAGUGAGCUUGAUACUGGUAUCCUCAGUCUGUCUCCUCGCUGCUAUAGACGCCUUCGUUGCCACCCAUCGAGCCGAGGGAUUACAACAACCCAACAUCGUCGUCGUUGUCCUCGAUCCGACCCGUGAACCUUCCCCCCGCCUAUGCCCCCAAUUCCACGGUCCCGACCUUUAUCAGGAUCUUGGCGAUCCUCAUCUUUGUUGUCGGUGGCACGAGUGCGGCAACGAUUGCUUGGGUGUACAAGGUACGCCUAUCUCCGCAAAGGGUUUGGACGUUCGAUUGCUGGCACUGAUGGCGGUCGUUUGGGGGAAUGCAGAACAUCUUUUACCCUCGGUUGGUGCUCGCACUCAAAGCUAGGACAACACUACACCAGGGCCAUCUGAAGGGGUAUACUCAAUUCGUGGAUGCUGUACGAUCGUUCGGCAAGAGUGGGUCGAGGACGAUGAUUGGUGGGUUGAAGGAUGUCCCCGUUGUCGUCGAUACGGUCGACUCGACGCAGGAGGCUUCACCCCAGGAGGAAACAUCUUCGACCCAGUCGACGAAGGAGGAGAAGCUGCCUUUGACAGAACAAGGGGACGAGACACAGCCUCUGCUGUCCGCGACGGAAGAACUCCCCACCCCCAUUCCGAUCGAAGCACCAUCAAUCCUCAACCCUCUCUUGACCUCUGUCCAAACCCUCUCUUCAACGCUCCACACCGCGAACCUUCCACCCAACCCCUACGCCUUCACGAACGCCUCCGCCUCAUCAGCAUUCACGACCCCGAACCCCAACACGACGCACCAAUUCACUCCCCCGCGCUCAGCCGCGGCCGCCUCCGCCGCUGCGGCCGCUCAAUCCCGUCUUUCGCCCGACCAUACGCUCGUCACUUCGUUAGGCUCGUUGAACGAAUGGGUCGAAAAUCAAGUUUAUGCGAUUGCUACGCAAGGGUAUAGGACAUAUGGGUCCGUUUCGGGGAUUUCGUCGUCGAGUUCGGGUGGGGCGGGAGGUACGAAUGGGGGUAAGGAAUUCAAGGCUUUGAGUGAGGCGACGGCGGGUUUCAAGAGUGAGAUCAGGGCGGUCAAAGGUCAGUUGGGAUUCGGUUACUGUGCGGUCGGAUGAAAGGAUACAUGCUGAUUAUCUCUGGGGAGGGGCAUGCAGGCUUGUUGUUGAACCGAAGAAAUUUUGCGGUGGGGACGGCAAGUCGGUAA